AGAAUACGAUUCGGGUUUCAAUACGCUGUUAUUGGUUGGCGUAUUGCGUAUUAGAGGCGUAUUAGUAGCGGCAAGCGUAUAGCAGGCGUAUUGCUUACAGGGAAUUAAACGGACCACUUUACUAGCGUCCUGCUUGGGGCGCAUGCAUUCUAUAUAAUCAGAUGGUACUUGACUCUAUUCACGAGAGAUUCAGCUCUAUGAUCACAGAUCAGCGAGACAGGGACAAACACAUUGAUAUAAAAUCUUUUAUCGAGGAGAUUUCACUUAGUAGCAUCGGGCUAAUCGUACCAAAUAGGUUGGCUGCGUUCGAAGGUCAAGAAGCUAUCCCCAUUAAUGCUAACCAUAUAAUUACGGUCCGUUUCAAAUUAGUCGACGACGUCGGAUUCCAGAGGGUUCUUGGUAUAUUGCAGUUGUGGAUGUCGGGGAUUAAAGACUCACAAAAACCACCGCCGCGAGAUGAUGGCUUUCAUACUGGGAGUAUUAACAUUGGAAGAUCUCUGAACGACGGUCGAAUUCUUCGCCGUGCGCCCAUCCCACCUAAGAGCACCUCCUCAACGGCUUUCAAGUCCUUUUGAAAUGGCCGAAGCGUCCACAGAAAGACCCUCCAGGUUCCAGCUAUGCUACGUUAUAUGUUCAAUCAUGCCCCUCGUCGUUAUUGGAAGUGGUGUUCUCGGUAUAUACUCUACAGUUAAUUUCGAUAAGAUGGGAGAUGGCUUCACGG